UGGCUGCUGCUUUGCAGCCCAAAGCAAGCACGCUUUCCUCCCUUUGGGGUGUUCAGGCAUCGCUCUUGGUCCAGAAUACCUCUGAGUAUUCUGAGUAUUCCGCCUCCCGGGGCCCCUCCAGCCAAUCCGGAGGGGCGGCCCGUCGCAGAAGUUUCCGAGCCCGCCCCUGCCCGCCGGGCGCCGCCUCUCUUCGGAGCGGGACUUUGCGCAGGCAGGCAGGCAGCAGAGCCGGCGACGAGGACGCAGCGGCCGCCCGGUGAUGGAGCGGGCGCCCCAGCAGCACCUCCGCGCCGGCCCCCGUCCCGCGUGGCAGCUCGCCGUCGGGCCGCGUCGGAGCCACACCAUGAGGUACCCCACACUCUGGGCACUGUUGCUCUUCCCAGCCGGAAUCCUUGCCCAGGGUUGCCCAGCUGACUGUCAGUGCAGCCAACCCCAGACAGCUUUCUGCAUCUCUCGGAGGAGCCACACUAUCCCGCAGGGGUUGCCACAGGAUACAACGAACCUGUAUAUGUUUGAGAAUGGCAUCCGCUCCCUGAGCGAGGAGAGCUUUGCAGGGCUGCCGGCCCUCCAGCUCUUGGAUCUCUCCCAGAACCUGGUCUCUAGUCUCCCGAGAAACGUCUUCCAGCCGCUCAGGGGCCUCCGUAACCUGGACUUGUCCUCCAACCAGCUGCGCGAGAUCACCAACGAGAGCUUCCACGGACUGCGCCUGCUGGAGCGCCUCUACCUGGAACGCAACAGCAUCCAGCUCAUCCACCCAGCUGCCUUUGACUCUCUGGAGAACCUGCUGGAGUUGAAGCUGCAAGACAACCAGCUACAGGCGCUGCCGCCGCUCAAGCUGCCCACCCUCCUCCUCCUCGACAUCAGCCGGAACCGAAUUGCCGCUCUUGAGCCGGGCACCUUCCAGAUCCCGAACCUCGAAUCGCUGAAGAUUGCCGGGCUGGGGCUGCCUACUGUGGAGGAGGCACUCCUGCAGAGCAUCCGCACCCUGCACGAGCUGGACGUUUCGGACAACCUGCUGUCUCGGGUGCCAGAGGUCCUGAAGCAGCUGCAUGGCCUGACCAAGCUCAGCCUGGCGGGGAACAGCGAGAUCUCACAGCUGCGCCCAGAAGACUUCCGAGAGCUCCGCGACCUCCAGGAGCUGGACAUCAGCAAACUCAACCUCAGUAGCCUCCCUGGGGACUUCUUCAGCUCCUUCCCCAGGCUCAAGGCUGUCACGGCGGCAGCAAACCCCUUCAACUGUGUCUGCCAGAUGAGCUGGUUCGCCAGCUGGGCGAGCGGCGGCAAAGCCUUGCUCCGGAGGUCAGAGGAGACCCGCUGCCACUUCCCACCCCAAAAUGCAGGCAGGCUGCUCCAGCACCUGGAAUAUGCAGAUUUUGGGUGCCCAAUCACCACCACAAGCACCACGUUGAAGACCACCAGCCCCAAACUUGCCGCCCCUAUUCCCAGUAGCCAUCACGCCGCCCCACAGCCCAACACAGCAAGCCCCACACCCGGGGAGGACAACUCUACUCCAACAGCACUCACCUCACUGGAAGGCCUCCCCAGCCCCAAGGCUCACCUCUGUCCCCCACGCACCUGCCUUAAUGGGGGCAUGUGCCAACUGGGUGCUCACAACCACCUGGAAUGCGUCUGCCCUCUGAGCUUCACAGGCCUGUACUGCGAGACCAAGGUCUGGGGGACAGCUCUGCCGACGGUCAGCCAGGCACCAGCUCAGCGCAAGCAAAUUGCCAUAAAGCACAUUGGGGGUACCUCCUUGAAAGUGGAUUUGCAGAACUACAUCCAGUCUAAGGCUCAGCUGAAAGGGAUCCGCCUGACUUACUGGAACCUCUCCGGCCCAGACAAGCGACCUGUCACCCUCAGACUGCCGGCCUCGCUGCCAGAGUACACUGUGCGGGCUCUGAAGCCCAACUCCUCCUAUCACAUUUGCAUCGGGCCGCUUGGAGACAAAGCCCACGAGGAGGACCUCUGCGUGGAGGCCCACACCCUGCACCUCACCCACCAGAAGCAUGCACCUGUCACCCAGAGCAGAGACACCAACCUGGCACUCCUGGUGGCGCCUUCCACAGCUGCCGUGCUGCUGCUGCUGGUGGCUGCGGUGGCAGCUGUCUCCUACUAUGCGCGGCGGCGGCGGCGGCAGCAAAGGCAGGCGCAAGCCGCUUCUGGGGCCAGCAACUCCAGCCCGCUGGAGCUGGAGGGGGUGAAGGCCGGCCUUGAGAACGGAGAGCUGGGCGGACAUGCUCAGACAACGGCCCCAAAUGGCUUGGAAUACGAGGUGCCGCUCAUGCAGCCACAGUACCCCAGCCACCCCAUGCCCAGGGCCUUGCGGCCUUCGUACUUUUAGGGCCAAGGGAGCGGUCCCAGUCCAAAAGCUGGCCUGUGGGAAAGGGGCCUCCUGGACUGCUGAGGGCUUCCCUUGCAGGAAGACAAGCCCUGCAAGGCAUCACGCGCACACAGGCACGCUCGGACUCAGUGCCUGGCUGCUUCGCUGUGGCUGCCCCCCCAGGGACGCAGAUCCGUAGAGAGUUUAGUGAGCAGCCACUGAGGCAAGAGGCACCCGGGUGCUGGCAACAAUAAAUCCUCCUGCGGAGCGUGGUCUGGACCAACUACAGCCCUGCUAGGGCAGCCGUGUUUAAAAAGCACGUAAAUAAAUGAAGGACCAUCAACCUCUUCCGUGGGUGAAGGAGGUGCGGGGGGGGGGGGAGGACACAAGACAGAGCUCUCUGCGGGAGCUCACAGGGAGUAAAGCUUUACAGACACUUAGAGAAUAUUUAUAAUACAGGAUUAUUUCCCAUUUCUUCUGGGAAAUCUCUUUUCUAACACAGAUUGAGGUACUUUUUGUAAAACCAGACUGUAAGUGCUUUUGUACAAAAAUUAAAAA